AUGGAAGACCACAAAACACAAAUCGCCACCCUCUCCGACGGCCGAAAAAUAGCAUACGCAAUAUACGGCAAUCAAAACGAAAAUGCACCUACCACAUUCUACUUCCACGGGUUUCCCGGGGCUCAUCACGAAGGCAUCGUAACACACGCCUCAGCUUUACAAAACGGUCUCCGCGUAAUCGCGCCAUCACGACCAGGAUACAGCGACUCAACUUUUCAGCAAAAUAGACGGUUGCUUGAUUACCCCAAAGAUGUCAUUGAACUAGCGGAUCUUCUUUCUGUGAAGAGGUUUACUGUUCUUGGUGUUUCGGGCGGUGGGCCUUAUGCCAUUGCUUGUUUCAAAGAAAUUCCGAGAGACAGGUUGGUUGGAAUUGGUACGAUGGCGGGAUGCAUGCCUAUUGAAUUUGGUACGAGUGGUAUGCUUGUCAUAUCGAGGAUUUUGUUCAACGUCGCGCCGUAUGCUACUACGCCUUUGGGAUGGUUAAUGGACAAAGCACUCGGGACUACAGCACGCGAUUAUGAACAUCCUGAGAAAUUUGAAAAUAUGAUGGAUAAAGACAUGGUCGCCCGAGCACCAAAGGACGCAGAAGCCUGGACAGAAAAUAAGGUUCUUAGAAAGGCGCUUCUUGAUUCUACACGCGCGUCUAUGAAGCAGGGUGGAUAUGCAUCAGCUUGGGAAGCCAAUCUUUACGGUAGCGAUUGGGGUUUUAAGCUUGAGGAUGUAAAGGUUGAGAAGGGAGAGAUGAUUAUGUGGCAUGGUGAUCAGGAUAUUAAUGUGCCGUUGAGGGUGAGUCAGAGGGCUGUUGAGUUGAUUCCUCAGGCGGAGUUGAGGGUUUUUGAGGGGGAGAGUCAUUUGAGUUUGGUUGGGAGGGUUGAUGAAGUUAUUGUGGCGUUGAAGGGGAUGUUGGAGAAAUGA